UCCAUUCAUUUAGAGUAGGGAGUACCGCGGCCAGCCCCUGGAACACAGCGGAGCGUCGGACAGGUCGAGGCGGUGGUUAAGUGCUGAAGUGACACACUUAAACCCUGCAGUGUGAAUGACAAAGAGGUCGUAAGAUCGGUCUUUCUGGACGAGAGCGGCGCUCCUACGUUUCACUGCCGUGCUCGCGACGGAAGGGAUACUCGCUUUGUUUCAGCCGCUUCGCCGGGGAGGGCUCGUAGUAAGACGGUGUCUCCUCCUCUUUUUUUACGCUCGUGAAUGGAAAGCAUCUGCACCCCGGACCGUUACCUCUCCGUUCUGCGCGCAAGACCUGGUUUUGUGAUCUAGUCGGCGAUAACCGGACCGACAGCCUUUCGGAAACGGACAACGGGACAAUGGACACCUUCUUCGCUGAGGGGGCCCGUGUCUGGGUGAAGGACAGGGGGCAGCUCCACCCCUCCACCGUCGCCACCUGCGCAGACGGCUCUCUGGUCUUCACCAGCGACUAUGGACAGGUGCUCAGUCUGCAGCCGGGGGAGGUGAGCAGGGAGAGGGUGCAGCCCAUGCACCGGAGCAGCGUGGACGGGGUGGAGGACAUGUCCUCGCUGGCCGAGCUGCACGAAGCCGCCAUCAUGCACAACCUGUACCAGCGUUACCGGGGCGACCGCAUCUACACCAACAUCGGCUCCAUCCUGGCGGCGGUGAACCCCUAUAAGCACAUUCGGGGGCUGUACGACCCCGCCGCCGUGGAGCUGUACAGCCGGUAUCACCUGGGCGAGCUCCCGCCCCACAUCUUCGCCGUCGCCAACGAGUGCUACCGCUGCCUCUGGAAGAGACAGGACAGCCAGUGUGUCCUCAUUAGUGGAGAGAGCGGUGCUGGAAAGACAGAGAGCACCAAGCUGCUGCUCCAGUUCCUGUCCGUCAUGAGCCAGAACUCUGCCGGGACUCCGCCCACCGAGAGGACCACCCACGUGGAGAAGGCCAUCGUACAGAGCAGCCCCAUCAUGGAGGCGUUCGGGAACGCCAAGACCGUCUACAACAACAACUCCAGCCGCUUCGGCAAGUUCAUCCUGCUGCACUUCUCCCAGAGCGGGAACAUCCAGGGCGGCUGCAUCGUGGACUAUUUGCUUGAAAAGAACCGGGUCGUGAGACAGAACCCUGGGGAACGGAACUACCACAUCUUCUACGCGCUGCUCGCCGGAGCGGACAGCGAGCACAGAGAGCUGUACUUCCUGACAGAGCCGGAGUCCUACCACUACCUCAGCCAGUCCGGCUGCAUGAGGGACAAGAGCCUGGACGACAAGCAGCUGUUUGACAGCGUCAUGGAGGCUCUGAAGGUGAUGGAGUUCACGGAAGAGGAGAUCCGAGACGUCUUCAAGCUGCUGUCUGCGGUCCUGCAGAUGGGCAACAUCGAGUUCAUGACUGCAGGGGGGGCCCAGGUCACCACCAAGGGAGCGGUCAGCAUUGUGAGUGACCUGUUGGGCCUGGACUCCUUCCAGCUGUCUGAGGUUCUGACCCAGCGCUCCCUCAUCCUCCGGGGGGAGGAGAUCUGUUCCCCCCUAACAGUGGAGCAGGCGGUGGACUCCCGUGACUCGGUCGCCAUGGCGCUGUACUCCCAGUGCUUCUCCUGGAUCAUCAUGCGGAUCAACCAGAAGAUCAAGGGCAAGGACAACUUCAAGUCCAUCGGCAUCCUGGACAUCUUCGGCUUCGAGAACUUUGAGGUGAACCGAUUUGAGCAGUUCAACAUCAACUACGCCAACGAGAAGCUGCAGGAGUACUUCAACAAGCACAUCUUCUCCCUGGAGCAGCUGGAGUACAACAGAGAGGGGAUAAACUGGGAGGCCAUUGAUUGGAUGGAUAACGCGGAGUGUCUGGACCUCAUUGAGAAGAAACUGGGCAUGCUGGCGCUCAUCAACGAGGAGAGCCGCUUCCCCAAGGGCACCGACUACACCCUGCUGGAGAAACUACACAGCCGACACGCUACGAACCCCUACUACGUCAAGCCUCGGGUGGCCGACCACCAGUUUGGCAUCAAGCACUAUGCAGGAGAGGUCCUGUAUGACGUGAGAGGGAUCCUGGAGAAGAACAGAGACACUUUCAGAGAUGAUAUCCUCAACAUGCUGAAGGACAGCAGGCUGGACUUCAUCUAUGACCUGUUUGAGCGAGUGGGCAGCAGAAGCAGUGAGGAGACUCUGAAGAUGGGCACAGCCAGACGCAAGCCCACCGUCAGCUCACAGUUCAGGGACUCGCUGCAUUCGCUGAUGGCCACCCUGAGUGCCUCAAACCCCUUCUUCAUCCGCUGCAUCAAACCCAACAUGGAGAAGAAUCCCAACCGGUUCGACCCGGAGGUGGUGCUGAACCAGCUGCGCUACUCCGGAAUGCUGGAGACGGUGAAGAUCCGGCGGGCUGGCUUUCCCGUCCGCAGAACCUUCCAGGACUUCUUCAGCAGGUACAAGAUGAUCCUGCGGGACAGAGACCGCGCCGGCGACGAGAGGCGCAGAUGUGUGGACCUGCUGGCCGCGUACGACGGCGCCCGGGCAGAGUGGCAGCUGGGAAAGACGAAGGUGUUCCUGAAGGAAGCGCUGGAACAGAGGCUGGAGAAGGAGAGAGAGGAGGUGCGGCGGGAGGCUGGCAUGGUGAUCCGAGCCCACAUACUGAGCUAUGUGGCAAGGAAGCACUAUAAAAAGGUCCUGGCCAGCACCCUCACCAUCCAGAAGAACUACCGCGCACGUUACUGGCGCCGAGCCUUCCUGCAGCUGCGAUUCGCCGCGCUCGUCUUCCAGAAGCACCACCGCGGUCAGCUGGCCCGCAGCCUGUACCGCCAACUGCGCGAGGAAGAGGAGAGGAGGAGGAGGAGAGAAGAGGAGGAGGAGGAGGAGAGGAGGAGGAGAGCAGAGGAGGAGGAGGAGAGGAGGAGGAGAGCAGAGGAGGAGCAGGAGAGGCUGAGGCAGCUGGAGCAGCAGCAGCAGCAGGAGGAGGAGCUGAAGAGGAGGCGGAAGGAGGAGGAGGAGGCGGAGGCUGAGCUGCUCAGGAUCCGGCAGGAAGAGGCGGAGCUUCUCAGGAUCCGGCAGGAAGAGGCGGAGCUAAAGAAGAGGCUGGAGGCGGAGGAGUUGAGGGCCAGGCAGGAAGUGGAGGCGCAAGAAAAGCAGAAAGAGGAAGAGGAGAGAAAGAACGGGCACAAAGUGGGAACAGAUCUACUGGGUCCCCAGGUGGGGGUGUCAGCGCUCCAGGGCCUGAGCCCCUGCGCCUCGGAGGAGGAGGCGCGGCAGAUGGAGGAGAUCCUGCGGCUGGAGCGGGAGAUCGAGCGGCUGCAGAGGCAGCGUGAGGAGGGCGUGUCGCUCCUGUGCGGGACGUCCCGGUCGGAGCUGCAGCAGAGGCGCGCGGCGGAGAUCCGGCGGCUGGAGAAGGAGGCGUCCCGCGUGGCCGCCGAGUUCGUGGAGCUGCUGGACUUCGGCGGCCUGGAGCGCUCCGCCUCCAGCGAGGAGAACCUGCACGACUCGCCCGACACCACCGCCCCGCUGGCCGAGGAGGAGGUGGACGAGGGCUUCCACGCCGAGGAGGAGGGCGUGCCCCUCCCCGACUUCCCCCCCCCGGCGCCCCCCCUGGACCAGGACAUCUUCGCGGACCUGCCCCCUCCCCCGCCCGUCUUCACAGAGGGGGUGGUGUGCACCUCCUCGCCCGUACACCCCCCCAUGGCCCCUGUCCCGCCCCCGGCCCCGCCCCCGGCCCCGCCCCUCAUCGUGGGGGGAGGAGGAGGAGGAGGGUGGGGCGACGUCGCGGGCCGGGCCGGGUCCGGGAGCCUGCCGGACUCUGAGGAGCCCAUCUACAGCACGCCGCUGGACGUGGAGUCGGACUACGACCAGGACGAGCUGGAGGAGGCGCUGGGCAGCUCCGGCGACGGUCACGUGACCGACGGGAAGGCCCAGCGCAAGUCCACCUGCACCUACAACAGCCUGGACUCGUACCGCGGCAGCUCCGACUCCUUUAUCGACAGCGACGAUGAGAACGACGGCUACGUGGACACGGACGAGGAGGUGUCCAACGGGCGCGUCAACGCGCUCAACGGGAGCGGGCCGCCCUACUUCCACAGCUACCUGUACAUGAAGGGCGGGCUGAUGAACCCGUGGCGGCGGCGCUGGUGCGUGCUGAAGGACGAGACCUUCCUGUGGUUCCGGGCGAAGCAGGAGUCGCUCAAGUCCGGCUGGCUGUACAAGAAGGGCGGCGGCAUGUCCACGCUGUCGCGGCGCAACUGGAAGAUGCGCUGGUUCGUCCUGCGCGAGGCCAAGCUCAUGUACUUCGAGAACGACAGCGAGGAGAAGCUCAAGGGCACCAUAGACGUCCGCGCCGCCAAGGAGAUCGUGGACAACCACGAGAAGGAGAACGCUCUGAAUAUCGUGACGGAGGAGAGGACUUACCAAGUGUUUGCGGAGUCCCCGGAAGAUGCCAGUGGAUGGUUCAACGUGCUGAGUCGGGUCCACAGCGCCACCCCUGAGCAGCUGCUGGAGAUGCAGCACGAGCAGGCCAACCCCAAAAACGCAGUGGGAACGCUGGACGUUGGGCUGAUCGACUCCGUCUGUGCUUCGGAUAAUCCAGACAGGCCCAACUCCUUCGUGAUCAUCACGGCCAAUCGGGUGAUCCACUGCAACACGGACCUGCCCGAGGAGAUGCACCACUGGAUCAGCCUGCUCCAGAGGCCCAAGGGCGACUCCAGGGUGGACGGGCAGUGAUUCGCUCUGAUAGGCUGGCUGCACAAGGAGAUGAAGUCCGGGGGGAAGAGCACCUCCCUGAAGCUGAAGAAGCGCUGGUUCGUCCUCAACAACAACUCGCUGGACUACUACAAGUCCUCGGAGCGCACCGCCUCCAAGCUGGGCACCCUGGUGCUCAACAGCCUCUGCUCCGUGGUGCAGCCCGAGGAGAAGGUCUUCAAAGAGACAGGCUACUGGAACAUCAUAGUUCACGGGCGCAAGCACUCGUACCGCCUCUACACCAAGAUGCUGAACGAAGCCAUGCGAUGGGCGUCCGCCAUACAAGGCGUCAUUGACAACAAGGUUCCCAUAGAAACGCCCACCCAGCAGCUGAUCCGGGACAUUAAGGAGAACAGCCUGAACCCGGAGGCAGUGGAGCAGACGUAUCGGAGGAACCCCAUCCUCAGAUACACCCAGCACCCCCUGCACUCCCCCCUGCUGCCCCUGCCCUAUGGAGAGGUCAACGUCAACCUCCAAAAAGAGAAGGGUUAUGCCAGCCUGCAGGACGAGGCGGUGAGGAUGUUUAACUCCCUGCAGGAGAUGGAGGCGGUGUCCGACCCCGUGCCCAUCAUCCAGGGCAUCCUGCAGACGUGCCAGGACCUGCGGGCGCUGCGUGACGAGGUCUACUGUCAGCUGAUCAAACAGACCAAUCACGUCCCGCAGCCCAACAGCUCGGCCAAUCGCGCGCACUGGCACCUGCUCACCUGCAUGAGCUGCACCUUCCUGCCCAGCCGAGCCAUCCUGCGCUACCUCAAGUUCCACCUCAAGAGGGUCAGGGAGCAGUUUUCUGGGACGGAGAUAGAAAAGUACGCCCACUUCAUUGUUGAGUCGCUGAAGAGGACCAAGUCCAGGGAGUAUGUUCCCUCUCAGGAAGAGAUCGCCGCCCUGCUGACCCGGCAAGAGAUGACCACGACGGUUUACUGCCACGGAGGAGGGUCCUGCAAAAUCUCCAUCAACUCACACACCACCGCUGGGGAGGUGGUGGAGAAGCUGAUUCGGGGUCUGGCCAUGGAGGACAGCAGGAACAUGUUCGCCCUCUUCGAGCACAAAAACUGCACUGACCGGGCCGUGGAGAGCCGGGUCAUUGUGGCUGAUGUCUUGGCCAAGUUCGAGAGGCUGGCAGGCAGUGAGGAAGAGGAGGAGGAAGGACAGUGGCGGCUGUAUUUCAAACUCUACUGCUUCCUGGAUGUGGAGAGCGUUCCUAAGGAAGGGGUGGAGUUUGCCUUCAUGUUUGAGCAGGCUCACGAGAGCCUGAUCAGCGGCCAUUUUCCCGCGCCGGAGGAGACGCUGCAGCACCUGUCGGCCCUGCGGCUGCAGUACCUGCACGGGGACGCGGUGCGGGGCAGCUGGAGCCUGGACCACAUCUACCCCGUGGGGCGCCUGCGCGCCCGCAUCCUGCAGUCCACCAAGGCGGGCGGGGCGGUGGGCGCGAUGGCGGGCUCGGGGGCGGGGCCGGGGGCGGGCCCGGGGGCGGGGCCGGGGGCGGGCCACACCCUGGAGCGGCGGAGGACCAGCUUCCUGGACGGCACGCUGAGGCGGAGCUUCAAGACGGGCUCCGUGCGGAGGCAGCGGGCGGAGGAGGAGCAGAUGCUGGAGAUGUGGGUGAAGGAGGAGACGUCGGCCACCCGCGCCAGCGUCCUGGAGAAGUGGGGCCGCCUGCAGGGCCUGCCCCAGCACCAGGCCAUGCUCAAGUACAUGGCCGUCGUCAAGGAGUGGCCCGGUUACGGGUCCACCCUCUUCGACGUGGAGUGUAAGGAAGGGGGGUUCCCCCACGACCUGUGGCUGGGCGUGAGUGCGGAGAACGUGUCCGUGUACAAGCGGGGGGAGCCCCGGCCCCUGGAGACCUUCCCCUACGAGCACAUCGUCUUCUUCGGGGCGCCUCAGGCCAGCACCUUCAAGAUAACCGUGGAUGAGAGAGAGCUGUGCUUCGAGACCCCACUGGUCGGCGAGAUCACCAAGAUCAUGAAAGCCUACAUCAACAUGAUCGUGAAGAAGCGAUGCAGCGUGAGAUCCGUGUCCAGCUGCGGCAGCAACUGGAUCAGAUGAUGGCCACGGGCCAAUCGGCACGCAGUUCCCUCACAGUAGGGGGGGGGCGGGGCCCAGUGUGGGCAGGAAGGAAUUCUGCUGACGACAGCAGCCAGUCGGGACGAAGCUUAGAUGUCGGUCAGAUGACGUCACAGCCUGUUAGAGGGCAACGCUUGCCGUGUUGGAGAAAAUUACUGAUUUUUUACUGAAUUUACUGAUGUAAAACUUCAGCCAGAGCAAAAAAACUCCUGCUGUGUCUCUCGGCAGGUGCUGCCAGGCAACAGUACAGUAAACUCCUGCAUAACCGCUUCCCACGUAAGCAGCCAAUCGGGUUAUCCGGCAGCCUCAAGUCAAAUUUUAACGCCAGUGUCUAAUGGAGACUGACGACCUGGGGAAGUGCCGACGUUUACCUGAGUGCAGCGCGUUAACAACGCAGCGGCCGACACCUGUGGUCUCACACCUGUGUGAGCCGCCGGGCCUCCUCUGCCGUGCGCAAUCACCGGUCUACGUUCACCCCGAUCAGAAAACAAGGGGGGCAAAAAUAAGAACAAAACAUUUCAUUGAGUGAAUUCAUAUCUGCACAUUCGCAUUUUUAUAUUGUGUCAGCUGAAAGUGCUUAUUUAAAUUUAAGUUUUUGCCGCUUUGUCUGAUCUUUGAGGUAUCCGCCUCCCUUGGUUCCGGUGGGGUUGGUCGUGUGGGAGGUUACUGUACUGAUUCCACACCCAUUCAUUGCUUACGUAUGGUUACGUUUCUCAGAUGGAGGACAAGAGCUUGAUGCUCCUGAUCUCCCCCCGAUUUACCUGUACUGCCAAAACCUCAAGCAAACGGCUCCCUGCUUUAGCCUGUUACGCUAACGUUAUGCCAAAAGCAAGCCCCGCUCGCCGGUCAGUCCUUGAUGUUUAUCGCUUGUUUAUAGUGACACGGGUGUGUCUCGCGUGCAGGGACACACUUCUGAAUUGAGGCUGUAAACAUCAGGCUCUCUCAUUGGCUGCCACAGAACGGCCUGUCUCUCCUUAUCGAGUGAAUCUGUGGACGGGACACGUCGACAGGGACGGACUAGCGGCUGUGUACUUGCCAAGCCUUUCCAGACAAGUGCAUAUGCUAUCUCAGCUUCGGAUGGAUUUGUUUGUUGUUUGUGUUUUUUUUUUUAACGCAAUUUACCCAUCUGUUGUGACAGUAAUCCAUAUACCAUUUAAUAAUACUCUUCCCUUUUUUUGUACAGCACACACAAUAUACAGUACACUGGACCUCAUCUUACUUUUAUAUUCAGCAUAUAUAGUCUGUACAGAUGGACAAGCUAUUUUAUUCAGUAUGAUUCCAAUAGUAUUUCAAUGACAGAGAAUACAAUAGAAAAGAAAAAGGUCACGUUUAAUUUUGUUUCUUCUCUUUGUAUAUCUGUUACAAAUAAGACUGACUUAUUCAGGUUUAGGUCUUUUGGUUGUGGAGAGCAAUAUAACACCCUGGAUCCACAACUGGAAGCCACCAUUUCCAUCCCUCUAAGUCUUGAUGCCUUAAACAGUCUCGCUGCUUCUGAAUCCUACUUGGCAUUCCUCUGUCACCUUGGUUCUGUCACUGGAGUACAGCACAGUACGAAAGUACGGACAGGUCUUCCUGGAAGUGGAUGAACCUUUAAACCAAUAUGCCUCUGUUACCAUGCGCCAGUAACAGAUGUGGACAUUUAACGUGCCCAUUCCACAGUAACUAGGUUUCUGUACUACUGAAGGGCCUGGUCACCUGUGUGGUGUGAAAAUAGCAAAAAAUUAUUUAAAAAACGCCCCUUUAUCUAAAGAGUACUGUGUAAUUUGCUAUAAAAAAUAUGCAACAUUUUAUGAGUGUUAAUGCAGGUUUUGUGAUGGUUUCGAGUCUGUGGACGGUUGGGUUGGGGGGCGGGGGUGGAGGGUAGGGGGAAGUGUUGUUGGUAAACAAGUGUGUAGCUGAGUACUUCUGUUUCAGGGGUAUAAUUUAAGUGAGUUUUAACCAAGGAAAUGUGUGUGUGCCGGGUCUGGGGAGGGUGGGUUAUUUAUUCCGUUUCUUGUGACAAUUAAGAUGCAAGGAAAGGUGUUUUGAGGGAGGGGGGGAUCACGGCACCCUUUGAGCAGAGAAUGGGAAGACUGUUCACCUGCGGCUGGCGACGAUCGAUCGCGCAGCGCGAAGUCGCGCGCAAACGGCGAUGCUGCGCCUCGCUCGCGCCGCUGUGGCUUUCUCGAGCGUGUCCGGGUAUUGGCAGGACGUCUCGAACUCACGCACAGCACCUCCAGUGCUUUCCCCUCGCGACCGUUACGUCGAGGCCCGUGGAGAGCUGCUGGCAGCGACAACCACGGCCAGAAUGUACUCGUAUAUUGUUACUGUUAUUAAAAUGUGUGCUUGUUUAAUUAAUAGGAGAAAAUGGUUUUCUUUUCUUUUUUUGUAACUGGCUUUACAAAAUGCUUUAAUAAAUUAUUGGAGUUAA